AUGAAUUCUCUAUUCUACAUUCUUGUUCUGCUAUCACUGAUCACUAUUACGUCAUCCCAACUAUUCCACACAUCGCCAGAAGUGUUGUCUAAUCAAGUCUACAAUCCAUAUCAUUCCUACAACGGAUAUGGACAUACUCAACAUCACCACGGCGGCGGACACGUUGUUCAUCACGAUAAUGGAGUGAGAGCGAGUCAUGGAUUCUUCACGCGAGAUCAAUCCACUCUGCCAGCGCUCCAAUCAUCAGUUGGGAUGCUUCGUGAGCCAAUCGGAAUGUUGCGACUCUUAACUGCUGAUCGAGUACACGACGAGAAUCUCCUUCGUGCUCUCGCAUUUCUAUGGGAACCUGGAAUCUCACAGAUUCGUUUCAAAGUUGGCGAACCUUUUUUACCGUAG